UUGAUGAUUCAAAUCUUAUCAGCAAGAAUUAUAAAUGUAUGAAUGAUACUGAGGUUGAUUUAAAAGUUAAAAAUGAAUUAGAUUUGGAGAGUGAUUGCGAUAACAAUGAUACAUUUUUUAAUGAAUUGAACGAUGAGGAUCAUGAUUCUAGCUCGUCAGAAGUUAUAAACAAAAAAUCAGAUAAUAUAAAUUCUAAAUCAGAAAAAACUGCAAAUGAUAAAGCUGGUAACGAAACAAAGGCAUCGAACAAAUACAAUAAAAAUGCAUUAGUUACAAAACAAAUAUUGCGAAAAAUACCCUGGCAAUGUUAUAAAUGUAAUAUACGAUUAAGAAGCGCACAGCGUUUACAAGAUCAUUUUCAAGUUACGCAUAGUUCAAAAAUUGUUGAAUAUGUGUGUAUUGAAUGUAAUGCAGUUUUUAAAAAAUUACAUGAAUUUAAAAGUCAUUAUUACAGCCAUGAUAUUAUUAAGAAAACUAGAUCGUAUGAAUUUAAUUUCUCAUGUGAAAUAUGCGGCAAACAAUUUUAUCAUUUAUCGAAUUAUCGUGUUCAUCGUAAUUCCCAUUUAGGUUUAAAACGUUUUGAAUGCGAAAUUUGUGGAAGAAAUUUUGCAAAAAAACAGUAUAAAGAAAUGCAUAAACUAACAGUUUGCUUAAAAUCUAUAGACCCCAAUAAAAAUAAUUCGCAUAGUGAUGAAAGGGCAACUAUCAAUGAAGAAAAGGAAUCGAAAUCCCAAGAUGGUGAAGAAUUAUCAGAAAACAAUAUGGACGAUGAUUUAAAAUGGAAAUGUGAUAAAUGUGAUAAAAGUUUUGCACGUGCAUAUAAUUUACAAAGGCAUAAUAGAAAUGUUCAUGGUAUUACAAAUAAUAAACAACAUAUUUGUACUGUAUGUGAUGAAAUAUUUGAAAAUAAUGAUAAAUAUGAUGAACAUUUAAAAAUUGUACAUAAUUUAAUAACUGGCACAAAAACUGGUUCUGUUUAUAAAUGUAAUAAAUGUUCAAAACAGUUUAAUUAUAAAUAUGCUUAUUUAGCACAUGCGUUAAUUCAUACUGGUGUAAAACGUUUCCCUUGCAAAGAAUGUGGAAGGAAAUUUCAUUUGAAACAACAUUUGACUGCACAUUUAAUUACACAUUUAGAAUCGAAAAAUGAGUACGAAGUUAAAUGUGAUCAAUGUGGAAAAAUUUGUAAAAAUCAAUAUUUAUUAGAUAAACAUUUAAGAACACAUCAAUCUAUUGAUGAAAAAUGUAAACAUCAAUGUGAUAUUUGUAAACGCACAUUUUCUUACCUCAAAAGUUUAAUCACUCAUCAAAAUCAAGGUCAUGAGAACGUAGAAUAUAUUUGUGACCAAUGCGGAAAAGUAUUUAAAACGAAAUACCGAUUAUCGGAACAUUUAAAUACUCAUGAUGAUGCAGUCAUAUUUAGUUGCGAUGAAUGUCCGAAAGGAUUUAAAAGUGCGUAUAUACUUAAAAUACAUAAAUUAACACACUCUGGUGUAAGAUCGUAUGGCUGUGAGGUGUGUGGUAAACAAUUUCGUCGUCAAGGAGAAUUAACUCGACAUUCAUCGAUCCACACUGGCAAACUACCACAUGAAUGUAGUUAUUGUAAAAAACAAUUUCGUGAAAAAUAUUAUUUAAAGGUACAUUUACGUCAACAUACUGGCGAACGUCCAUACUCGUGUACAAUAUGUAAUCAUUAUUUCGCAAAUGAUGGUAACUUUGCCAAGCAUAUAAAACGUAAACAUGGUGUACAAAAUGUUUCAAUUGCAAAUAAACGUCAGUACCCAUUUGAUGAAUAGAAGUAUCGGUAUCGUAGAUAUUGAAAUAAUUUAAAAUUUUG